AUGGCAGGAGACACAUCGGCACUGAUAACAAGAGGCGGACCUUCUUAUCCCCACCAGAGGUUCAGUCUCGGAGAACCGUGGGAGUUCACCUUAGCGAUAACCCCCGACAUACACGAGCUCUGCUGUGUGACCCAUACAGGCAGUUGCCCCAGAGGCGAUGGGUUUACCUUUCGUUAUCUAAACAAAGGGGCUGCAAACGCCGUCUUCACAAUUCAUCCCUCAUCUGUCGUCAUCAUCGAGAAGGUCUCCUCGAAGCCCAUCUUUCAGCUUGUAAUUGAAUUGUACAAGACAGAUCGCAAGUGUCUUACCGCUCAACCUCUGUCUCGUGAGAAGCUUGCCGGAAGAGUACUUCGAGUCCCGCGGGGUAAAGAUAAGACGCUUUCAGGUGAUAAGAUUCUGUCGAGCUUCAAUCUGCUCAUCAAGCCUCUGUUCCAACCGGCAGAGACAGGCCACACAGCUGCUCAGAUGUCUGGUUUUCGUAUUGAUACUAAUGGGAAUGUCAUACAAGCAACACUCAGAUCAAUGCAAGGUGAUCUUUGCCAACAUCUCAUGGAUCACAAAGGUAUUAUACUAUUCCCCCACGCCGUCUGCACUCUCCGAUCUCUAGCCAACAAGGACGUCUUCGUCGGACCCCAAGACGGACCUUCAGAAAUGUGCUGGGCAAUUCUUCUAGAAGACAUGUCUCCUGUCCCAAACAAAUCGGUAAUGCUGGAAAUCAAACCAAAGUGGCUUCUUCAGUCCCCCGACGCUCCUGCGGGGGCAAUACGCUGCCGAACAUGUGCCAUGCAAACCCUAUUACCCAAACAUCGAGCCAACUACAUAUGCCCACUUCUACUCCUCCACGGCACUCCCAACCAUAUACGUCCUUGGCUCUCCACACGCAUUUCCAAAUUGCUCCCCACAGCGACCACGGCUCCGCGACUCGUCCAAGGCAUCACAGAACAGGUGCUCGCUUACCUGACUACCGGCGUCGGCCGAACGCUCCUACAACACCUUGCAUUUUUGCAAUCCAAGCUCGACCCCUAUGGCGUGCUCUGGCAGAAUAACAUGGAUACAAGCAAUGCCAUCAACUUCAACCUCCGCGCUGCCAUGUCACUGCGUGAUUGCUCACUUUUCAUUAAAGCUGAGUACGACGCCGCAACUGGAAUUCCGUCGAAUAUAAUCUCGAAGCUUGGAGACUUGGACUUCAAGUCUGAGGAAAAGACACUGGAUUGGGCGGAGAAGGAGAAGAGGUUGAAGAAUGAGGGAGCGUAUACGAAAGUUUCGCAGGAUGAUCUUGGGUGUUGGUUACCGAAGAUGAGGGUUUAG